AGUUCUUCGUUGGAAAUGGGAGCGUCCGUGGUUGGGCUUUUCCUGCAGUUGAAUUUUAGCAAGUCUGGGAACCCGCGUUUCGUUUAUAAUAAUCCCCAUUUGUUGUUUACAAUAAAUAACUUCUUCGAUGUCUGGGAGUACUCAUUCCGUAGUUCUUGGCCGACCUGACAACUUCGUAGUGGCACCAGUUUGUUUAUGUUUACAGUUCUGUUAACCCAACGGGAAGAAAGCAAAAUGAGAGUUCUGGUCGUUCUUUCUUCAUUGGUGAUGUUGAGUCAAGCACAGAGACCAUCCUAUGCAAGCUCUGGCCCAAUUGGUAGACCAGGUUUAGCCAGCAGAUUCAAAGAUGACAAUGCAUCUUCUUCCACCACAAUAUCUGUGGAAAAUCGUGUUGGUGAAGGUGGUUCAACACCAAAAAUCCCAGUGGAUGCAAGAGGUGAUCAAGAUCUGGUCAAUACAUUGAACACUUGGGAUAGAGAACACCAACCGUUCUGGCUUCUGAAUGCAGAGCAUAUCGAAAGACAAAGAAAUACUACCAGAGGCACAGUCGUCAACAGAAAUCAAUUGAACACACAGGGUGUUCAAGGAAGCCAGAUCACAUCGCAGAUGAGUCAGAGCAACAAUCAAGGUACACGAGGAAGUGGUGAUAGUAUACAAACUAGUUUGUCCAACAGAAAUGGUGGAUCAGACAUUUCUAACAAUUCUGGUACUGCAAGGCAUCCAUCAAACAACAGAGAGUGGCUUUUUGGAAGACCUUCACAAGGUGAUAUCCGACCUGUUCACGAAUAUCCAGAAGGAUCAAUGAGUGAUCAAAUGAUUUAUCCAGGACAGAGACAAACUGGAGACUCUCAGAAAAGGUUAAGGUUCCAUUACGAAAGAAAUAAUUUCCAUUGAAAAUCAAUUGAAGAUCUUAAUAACCAAAUUUCAGGGUGAAAAGAUGUUACAAGUAUAUGUUCGAUGAAAUAGAGAAGAAGACAAAAAACUAGUUAAUUGAGAAUUAUAUGUGUAUCUCGUUUAAUAUUUAAGUUUUGACUGUUAAAAUCAGCUUACAAUAAGACUGAAACAAAGCCAUAAUGAAAAUCAUAAGAAUAAAUAAUUUAAAGAUUA